AGCGCUCCGAGACAGCUACUUUUAAAAGGCCACGCGCUGCUCGUACAGAUGCGACAAACACUACUGCGGAGGUAUGAGUCUGUUCUGCGCAUGCGCACUAUGCAGGUUAUUGCAGCUUAUUCCAGCUUAUUCAAAGACACAGGAAUAGCGAGACCACAAAAACGGUUGAAGAUGACUUCUUGGAGUGAUCGGCUUCAGAAUUACUCAGAACUUCCUGCCAACAUGGACGGCAUGUCUAUGAAGAAAUACAGACGAGAAGCUCAUCACAGCUUACCACGGGAACUGGCCCAAUGUCAUCCUGCUAUGAGAGUUUUUGUCAACAGAAGUUUGGCCAUGGAGAAGAUUAAAUGCUUUGGCUUUGAUAUGGAUUACACUCUAGCAGUGUACAAGUCUCCUGAGUAUGAAUCCCUUGGAUUUGACCUGACAGUAGAGAGGUUGGUUUCCAUCGGUUAUCCACAAGAACUUCUCAAUUUUGUCUAUGACCCUACCUUUCCAACCAGAGGCCUGGUAUUUGAUACAUUACAUGGUAAUCUGCUGAAAGUUGAUGCCUAUGGCAACAUUUUGGUAUGCGCCCAUGGGUUUAACUUCAUGCGUGGGCCAGAGAUUAGAGAACUAUAUCCAAAUAAAUUCAUCCAGCGUGGUGAUACAGAGCGAUUCUACAUCCUUAAUACACUGUUUAACCUCCCUGAGACCUACCUUUUUGCCUGCUUGGUUGAUUUCUUCACCAGCUGCUCCAGAUAUACUAGCUGUGAGACUGGUUUUAAGGAUGGCGAUCUCUUCAUGUCCUACAAGAGUAUGUUCCAGGAUGUGCGAGAUGCAGUGGAUUGGGUCCAUUUCAAGGGUUCGCUGAAAGAGAAGACCGUUGAAAAUUUGGAGAAAUAUGUGGUGAAAGAUGCCAAGUUGCCCUUGCUUCUUAGUCGCAUGAAGGAAGUUGCCAAAGUUUUCCUGGCCACUAACAGUGACUACAAGUACACUGAUAAAAUUAUGACCUACCUGUUUGACUUUUCUCAUGGUCCAAAACUUGGCACACCUCAUCGGCCUUGGCAGUCCUACUUUGACCUCAUUCUGGUCGAUGCCAGGAAGCCUGUGUUUUUUGGGGAGGGCACAGUCCUGAGACAAGUUGAUACAACCACCGGGAGACUUAAGAUUGGAACUUACACAGGACCACUGCAGGAUGGCAUUGUGUACUCUGGUGGAUCCUCAGACAUUGUGUGUGAUCUAUUGGGGGCUAAAGGGAAAGACAUCUUGUACAUUGGUGACCACAUUUUUGGUGACAUUCUCAAGUCUAAGAAGCGUCAGGGUUGGAGAACGUUCCUUGUGAUUCCUGAGUUGGCUCAAGAGCUGCAUGUCUGGACUGACAAGAGUUCGCUGUUUGAGGAACUGCAGAGUCUGGAUAUUUUCCUGGCAGAGCUCUACAAGCAUUUGGACAGCAGCAGCAACGAGAGACCCGACAUUAGUUCACUUCAGAGGCGGAUUAAGAAAGUAACCCAUGACAUGGACAUGUGCUAUGGGAUGAUGGGGAGUCUGUUCCGCAGUGGCUCUCGGCAGACCCUGUUUGCUUCUCAGGCGAUGCGCUAUGCUGAUCUGUACGCUGCAUCCUUCAUUAACCUACUCUACUACCCCUUCAGCUACCUGUUCCGAGCUGCACAUGUGCUGAUGCCACAUGAGUCCACUGUAGAGCACACUCACAUGGAUAUCAAUGACAUAGAAUCUCCCAUGGCAACACGUAACCGCCACUCUGUGGACUACAGAGACCACGAGUAUAAAAAGCACCAGCUGACCCGCUCCAUCAGUGAGAUUCAGCCUCCUCACCUGUUCCCGCAGACACCACAAGAGAUCACACACUGCCACGAUGAAGACGACGAUGAGGAAGAGGAAGAAGAGUAAAAUUGUAACGGUUGUAAAUGUAAUGACAAGUGAAUGCAGGCCUUUUGGGUAAUCAGAUGAUUUUUAUGACUUUAUAGUUCACUUUAUACUUGGAUAAGAUUAUGUUGUUGUUUUUUUUCCAGCUGUGCAUCCUAAAUCAUAUAUAUUUUUUAAAAAUAUAUAUUUGGUUGUGUAGUAAAGCUAAGAAGCUUUGAGGGUGCCUUCUGUUGUUCAGGCAAUCUUGUGUAAAUGAGUCACCCACAGUGCGACCAUCAGAAACCAGUUUCCUCUUAUCGCCUUAAGGCCGGGAAGGCAGCAUCAGCCUUAUUUCUUAAAUCAGUGGAAACAUUCAGUUCUUUUUGUUACCUCGUACCAUGAAUUUGCAUGAUAUUAAGGGAACAAAUGCAGUAUUUGCCUUACAGGACUUGCAUUUUAAGCAGAGUCUUAGAAAAUAUGUGCAUGCAAUGGCCUUACCUUUUACAUAGCAGGUUCCUUUCAGAAUUAAACCAUACUAUAUGGUGAGAACUGUACUCAUCUCACACAGAUAACCAAAGCUUACUGUAACUAAUGUUUAGCAGGACAACUUUUUUCCCCAGCAACUGUGUGCUCACAUUAUAUUCAAACAUUACAUUGAAUAAGUGAGCUGUUAAAACAUUUAUUUCACUUUUAAAGGUAUGCAUAAAACUGUUCUAUUAUAAUUAUACUUCAGUAGUAUUCUAUUAGAAGCUUGAGAGCACAGAUACUCCCAUUCUAUGCAUCCGUUUUGUCUUGAAUGCAGCCAAAGGGAUUGAAUUACUCGACAACUGCACAAGGAGGGCCACCAUAAACUGAGGAUAUCUGAGAGUGCUUUACCACUUCAGCUGCUAUAAAGUAGUAUGUUAACUAGUGAGGAAAUAAGAAUCUGGGCCACUCUCCCUUCCUUCCAUGUGUAUCAUGGUCUAGCUAUACACAGUACUAAAAUGACUUGUCCAGGUAUGUAGAGCUGGAUCUGCUAUUUUCAUUACAGAUUUACAAAUUAUUAUUUUUGCAAAAAUCAAUGGAUUCCUAUUAAUGUUCUUUCUUUAUGUUUUGAUGUGAAACGGUUUUCUUGAGUAUCGUUGUAGUAAGGAAAAAAUGUGUCUAAUCAGCAUGUGCUUCAGGGAAACAUGUUCCUCAUUGUUUAAUUCAUAGACAUGACGGAUAGUUUACACAGGAAGAUGUCUAAAUGUAAAUGUCUAUGUUCAGGAAUCCCACCACAGCUGCUUAUAAAAAGUUAAGUUUUCGUCCAUAUAUUUAUGUUUUUGGUUAACCUUUUUUGACCCGUGUGCUAGUUUUAUCCCAGUUCCCCUUCUGCCGGUUUAUUUUAAUCUGUCGUGUAGGUUAAGGAUGUUUUUAAUAGAGGGCAUUGCUUUAUUAGCAGGUUCAUUUAAUUGCACAGCACUUUCACAGACAGGAACUUCUUUUUGAAGUGUUUACUGUGAAAACACUAAAACUGCCUUCAUUGGUGUACCUAAAGAUAUAACCACUGGAGCAUGACCUCUUUUUCCAGACAGCCUCGACCAUGUCAUGGAAACGGCUUUAUAUUAUGGGGUAGGGGCAGCAUGUUUAACAGCAUGUAGUGAGUGACGCACAUGUAAAGUAUUGUGAAGCCCAUGCUGCAUGCAGCCACGUCCUCAGUGACACUGGGCCUUAUCCAGAUGCAAUCAUAACCAGCUUGCAUAAAUAGUAGCUUAACUUUUCUAGUAGCUUGGUUUUCUCACUGGCUUUGUACUAUACUACUUACCAUAAACUGGGGAGGGAAAGUGACUUGUUGCCCCUCCAGGUGGAUGUAAAUAACAGGUCUAUUACUUUGGUCAAUUAAAAACAUUAACAACAAAAUGAUGGUGUUUAAAAAGCAGCACAGAGAUAAAAUAACGGUCAAGUCGUUACCUGGAAUCAUGCCUCGGACAAAAACCUUCACUGUUUUUCUUUUUGUGUGGUUUUUUUUGUUUCUCCUUCUUUCUUACCUAUUAUCGGUUUCAAACAUUGUUUGCAAUUGUGUUCUAUUUUUGCCUUGUUCUUUUUUCAUAAAGAAAAAGAGAAGCAGAAUCCAAUUUAAAGUCUGUAAUUUUACUGCCGAAAUAAAACGUGUUUUGCGGUCAA